AUCCCGGGCAAGGUUGGGGGAAAUAGGUCACAGUGGCUGGGCGGUGAGGUCACAGAGAGGUUUGUCUGACCCGGACUACAUAGGGGAGGGGCCUAGGAGGCAAAGCGGCCCCAGAGGUUCCCCAAGCCCAGGCAGGGGGCAUGGUGUGGGAAAGGCAGCAGGGACAAAGGCCAGGGAGCUGAGUACAAGGGGCCAAGGGGCCCAGAGAUUUGAGGGCAGGAGCAGUGAGGGGGCAGUCAGGAUGGUGAGGAGAAGCCAGAAACGAAAGCUGCAAAAAGUCACCGGGCUCUGCAGACCGGAGGUGGGGCUCAGGGUGAAGCGGAGCUGCGCUUCAUGUGGCCCAGAGCCUGGGGGUGAAGAGAAGAAGGGGAGAGGAAACCCUAUAUCUAUUCAGUUGUUCCCCCCAGAGCUGGUGGAGCACAUCAUUUCAUUCCUCCCAGUCAGAGAUGUAGUCUCUCUAGGUCAGACUUGCCACUACUUCCACGAAGUGUGCGACUCUGAGGGCGUGUGGAAACGCAUCUGUCACCGGCUCAGUCCUCGACUUCGAGAGCAGGGCUCUGGGGUCCAGCCCUGGAAGAGAGCUGCGAUUCUGAACUACACGAAGGGCCUGUAUUUCCAGGCAUUUGGGGGCCGCCGCCGCUGUCUCAGCAAGAGUGUAGCCCCUGUGCUGGCCCAUGGCUACCGCCGCUUCUUGCCCACCAAGGACCACAUCUUCAUUCUUGAUUACAUGGGGACCAUCUUCUUCCUGAAAAAUGCCCUGGUCUCCUCCACCCUUGGCCAGAAGCGGGCCUGCUGCUAUGUUGUGUUGUGUCACGGAGCCAAGGAUUUUGCCUCGGACCCGAGAGGUGACACAAUUUACCGUAAAUACCUCUAUGUGUUGGCCACUCGGGAGCAGCCGGGAGUGGUGGACACAGCCCACAGCCAGUCCUGCGACUGUGUCGAGGUCUACCUGCAGUCCAGCGGGCAGCGGGUCUUCAAGAUCACCUUCCACCGCGCCAUGAGCUUCAAACAGAUGGUGCUGGUUGGUCUGGAGACCCAGCGGACCCUGCUGCUCCUCACAGAGGAAGGAAAGAUCUACUCUUUGGUAGUGAAUGAAGCCCAGCUGGACCAGCCACACUCCUAUACAGGUCAGCUGACCUUGAGGAAGGUGUCCCAUGACCUCCCUCACCUGUGUGUGGCCUGCAUGGCUUCCAACCAGGGAAGUACUCUCUACAUUACGGACCAGGGGCGAGUGUAUUUUGAGGUGCAUACCCCAGGGGUGUAUCGUGAUCUCUUUGGAACCCUUGAAGCCUUUGACCCCACAUACCAGCAGAUGCCGCUUCCGGUCUCACUGCCUGCCAAGGUCCUAUUCUGUGCUCUUGGCUACAAUCACCUUGGCCUGGUGGAUGAAUUUGGCCGAAUCUUUAUGCAGGGAAGUAACAGAUAUGGGCAGCUGGGAACCGGGGACAAAAUGGACCGAGGGGAACCCACACAGGUACGUUAUCUGCAGCGUCCCGUCGCCCUGUGGUGUGGCCUCAACCACUCCCUGGUGCUGAGCCAGCGCUCAGACUUCAGCAAGGAGCUGCUGGGCUGUGGAUGUGGGGCCAGAGGCCGCCUGCCAGGCUGGCCUAGGGGAAGUGCCUCCUUCGUUAAGCUCCACAUCAAGGUCCCUUUGUAUGCCAGCUCCCUCUGUCCUACCAGAGAGUGCCUCUACGUGCUGUCCGGCCAUGACAUCGAGCACCAUCCCGCCUACCGGGACCUACCAGCCAGCAGGGUGGCGGGGACCCCCAAGCCCAGCCUGGGGGCCGCAGCAGCCCAGGACCCUGAGGGGGUGGCGGCGCAGGCCUGUGAGCCGUACCUCGGCCAGAUCCACAGUUGCCCCACAUUGCAGGAAUGCAUGGAAACGACGAAGGUGAUCGUGGGCUGGAUGCCCUUGAUGGCUACACAGGAGGAUUUCUUCUGGGAGACCCUGGACAUGCUGCAGAGGGCUUUUGGAGGGGUUGGCCAAGGCCCCCCAACCCCUGACAGCUGACCCCCCUCUCCUGGUCUCACCCCUGGAGGGAGGGUCUGGCCCUGGGCCAGGGGCUAAGGAGAGGUGGAAUGACAGCAAUGAAUGCUGCGCGUGGGGAGGGGGAUGCAGUGGGCUAGGGCCUGCUAGACAUGUCAGGGUGGGACUGUUUUGUAAAAUGUUCAGGGAGCUGCCCAGGAGGGGCCCCCAACCUGACAUGGACAAAAGAUUUGAUGGACAAAUAGAAUAAAAGGCUGAUUGAGGCCCGGUUUGUAACCCUGGGGCCUGGGAGGAACGGGGGGGGGGGUGGGGGGGGGGGGGUGGGCAGGCAGAGUGGACGCAGCUCAGGCUGUCAGUUGCUGCAGAGCUGACAGCACCUGGAUCCUUCAGCUUCCUUUUCCCUCCAACGCCAAGACCCGAUGCCUACUUGGUUCCGUCACUUGGAUCCUCCGUCCAUCAGGCUGAGAAAGGCGCUUCCUCUGAGUUCAGGAAGCUUCCUACCCAUUUCCCUUCAUCCCUGUGAAGCCAACCCCCCCCCCCCCCCCCACCCCCCCGCUCUCCUCCUCCUGUUUCCCUUCCAGAUCUGAUCUCACAUGUCCUUUCCCUUACUUUCUACUCCAUCCUCCUCUUCCUCAAUAAGGAAGACACUCCCUUUACCCACAGAGCAUGCCUCCCUGCCCCCACCCAUACCUCCAAAUAUUUGGGAGAGAAGAUGGGUGAGCAGAAUUCUUCCUCCGUGGCCUAGUCUGGCCCGGGUAUGGAGAGGACAGUAGACAUUUGAAGUGGAAAAUAAACUGGAGCAGGGGGUGGUCAGGAAGUGGGUAAGUGAUUAGAGGUUGGGAGUCCAGGGAAGGACUUCCUCUGGGUGCUGAGGAAGCAGGAAUGGGGAGGAUCACAGGUGGGCUGGAGAGUCCUCAGGAAGGACCCGAGGCUGUGUUGGAAGGAUGCUCGGGCACUGGACAGAGUGGGCUUGCAGAUGAUGUUACUGGACUGCCUGGAAUAUGCUGAGAGUCUGAUGCUCCCUCUGCCCUUCGUUGCUCCACCCCCGCUCCCACACUGGGUCA